GAGUCCUUUGAACUGUUGUUGGCUCCUCUUAGCAAACCUGUCACUUUCCUGAGAUAGUUACCGUCGCUAACUAUGAAAUAGUCAAUUAACUAACAGUAUUUAUGAGUCGGUUAACUUAUAACCACAGUUUGUAUGCCGACCGCUCAGUCGUAGCUUAUGUUUCAGCCCGCACAGUUUCUGAAUAGUAGCUAGUAGCUGUUAGCCAGCAGCUGGCAGCAGCCUGAUGUCCUCGCCGCGGAGGGAGCGCCAGGGACAAGCGGGCGACCUGAGCUCCAAGACCCGGCAAGAGCUCACCGAGAUACUCCUGCGCCAGGAAAAGAUCCUAUCAAACAAGAGGUUUUUACAGAAUCUUCCAGACAAAGGGAAAAAGAUCACAGAUUUUACAGAGGCAGUGCGCCUUGCUAUUGCACACCACGAUGAAGAGGAGAGAAGACGAAGCACGCUGUCUUGUGCCAGCACGACGUUACAGUCCAAGUACCAGCAGGCUUUCACUUCACAACAAACUGCUGUCCACAUGUUUCCAGAAAUCUCAGAGCAGAACGUGCAAGGUGAGGAUGCUGCGGCGGAUAUGGUCCAGGAGAAGCAGGCCUCACCUGUCUCGGCUCAUGUGCAGGAAAACUCUUUGGACGAGCAACAAGACCUUUUUGUCUCCAGAGCGGCUGCUGCUGAAACCAUGGAGACGGCUGCUGCUGGGGCCUCUCUGAACUCUGAUGAGACAAAAGAGAGUGACCUUGCGGAGGCCUUGGAAAGGGUCAGACUGUCUGAAACAGCUAGCACUGCUCUCAAUACAGAGUCCAGACAGCCAUUAAACAGCACUGCAACACACAAUUUCUUUCUUGGAAAGCAGCAACCAAAAAAGCCUCACUACAUAGAGGUUCUGGAAAAAACAGAGAGGACUUCAACCAACAGGAAACCAAAAUUCAAACUCAACCAGCUGCCAGCCAGAGGAGUCACCUCUCCGUCAGGAUCCUCGUCACCCAGCCGGUCUCCUGCAGGUGCGUCACCGCUCUCCGCACAAGCCAGGAAAGAGCGGGACCGAAAGCACCUGGAUGACAUCACUGCAGCCAAACUCCCUCCCCUCUGCCACAAGCCCGCCCAGCUCCUGUCUCUGGAGGAGGCGGCUGCCCUCCUCAGAGAACAAACCAAGAAACAGCAGGAGCUGCAGGCCAAGCUGGCAGCCCAGAAACUGUCUGAGGGGCUGAGGAUCUCAAUGGGGACCUACAGUCCGGACGGUGGGCCCAUGGCUGCCUACAGAGAGGUUCAUGACGAUGGAGCGCAGCUCUCCUCGGAGGAGGACUAAUCCUUGAAGGCCAGCGCUGGGGAAUCCAGCGUGACCUCAGCCCCGUGGGCAACAGGGCCCAUCAAAGAGGAUUUUUGCUCCAAGGACAGGGAUUUUGGGAGAGGAGAAGGCCAUUUAUUUGGUGCAGUGUGAAGGCAUAGUUGGUAUCCCAGACUGUCAGCCAAGGCAAUUGAAUGGCAGGUUGAUAAGCUGGCUUACUGAGUUGUCAUCCAGUCACUACUGGGUUCAGUUGCUGGGUUCAGGGUCAUACAUUAAUAAUAAUGUACUGCCUUCCUGUGGUGUAUGGCACCUGCUGUUGAGUAGGCGUUUUAGUAUACUAAAUUUGAAACUGGUGUGAAUUUUGUUUUUCUGCCAGGAUACUGAAACACUGGCACGGUGUGGUUUUCUGGCUCUGAUUGUGUGGCUGUAGAUGAAAUGCAAACCAAAAAUCAAGUGUGAUGCAGCCGCAUGUCAGUGUUUUGGCUUCAUCAUGUUUUGAACAGUGUGUUGAAAUUCUCAUGUAGUAUGUUGAUAAUUGUAUGCACUUCACAAUGCAGUAUUGAUUAUGGAAAGUACUUACUAAGAGGAUAAUCCAUUUGAUUUGCACUCCUCAGACCAUGUUAUCUAUUUAUUUUACUCUUUUCAUACAGUGUGCGAAUCGCCUACUCAUCAGCAGGUGUAGUGGACUGUUGACACACCAGGCCACUGUUUGCAGCUAUGCACAGAAAAGAGAAAUGUGAUGAGGCUGUGUGUUUAACAGAACUGAAUAAAUUCUUCUGAAUUCC